AUGGAGGAGGUGGUCGACCGAGGGGGUGGCCCUGAAGAGGGCCUCCUGCUGGUAAAAAUCCACGUCCCGGAAUUAAACGUGCAAAAAUGCCUCCAAUUUCCGCGGGACCAGCUCAUCUGGGACGUCAAACAACAGUGCUUAGCCGCCCUGCCUAAGGAGCUAAAGGAAAGUUUCAAUUAUGGCUUGUUUAGCCCCCCAGAGAACGGCCGGGCUGGCAAAUUUUUGGAUGAGGAAAGAAGAUUGGGGGACUAUUCUUUUAGCGGCCCUGUAGCACAUUUAGAGUUAAAGUACAAAAGGAGGGUAUAUAAAAUGAUCUCAUUGGAUGAAAAACAGUUGAAAAGUUUACACACGAGAGCUAACUUGAGGAGGUUUUUGGAGUACGUACAGAAUGGGCAAGUUGAGAAGGUUACGAAAAUGUGCUCGAAAGGUUUAGAUCCAAAUUAUCACUGCCAGGAGUCUGGGGAAACGCCUUUAACUAUAGCUUCAAGCAUAAAAAAGCCAGCAAAAGUCCUGAUAGCGCUAGUUAACGGAGGUGCUAUUUUGGACUACAGAACCAAAGAUGGUUCCACGGCUCUGCACAGAGCGGUGGAGCAUACGAAUUUGGAGGCUCUCAGGACUCUUUUGGAGUUAGGGGCUUCGCCGAAUUACAAGGACAAUAAGGGUUUAACGCCUUUAUAUCUCACGAUCACGCACCAAGCCGAUUCGAGUUUUACCGAGACGCUGUUGCAUGAUCACGCCACCACUGGGGCGCAGGAUGCGCAGGGCUGGCAGGAAGUACACCAGGCCUGUAAACUGGGCCUCCUAAAACACCUCGAGCACCUGCUGUUCUACGGCGCAGACAUGAACGGACAGAACGCGUCGGGAAACACCCCCCUCCACGUGUGCGCAGUGAACGGCCAAGAGGGCUGCGCGCGCCAACUGUUGUUCAGAGGGGCAAGUCGCGAGGCCACAAACUAUUCGAGUCAAACCCCCACGCAGGUGGCCGUUAUCGCAGGCAACAUGGAUCUUGCGAAUAUUAUACAGAACUACAAGCAGGACGAUGUCGUACCGUACCGCGAUCCGCCCAGGUACAAUCCGAGACGGCGCUCGGCCAUCGGCUGGCUGCAGCGCGCCCCCUCCGCGGGCCAGCUGGCGCAGUACGCGCAAUGCGCCCCGCUGUCGCCCACCUCGGCCCUCCUACCGCCCAGUCCUUGUCCCUCGGACCGCUCCUCCACCACCACCGCCCCUUACAGCUCCGCCAGUAGCAGCCUUAGCGACGCCGGCAGCCACGGCCCGCCGCCGGGACUCGAACCCGACGCCGCCAGCAUCGUCACAGUGCUGGCGCUGGGUGUUACAGACAAAAGCCUGGGCGACACUAGCGACAUCAUAAGCGACAGUAGCGGUGUCGGAACCGCCAACUCCGACACCACCAACUGUAGCAUGAAUAUGACGCCCGGUACCACUGUGGUGUGCAUGGAGCCUUUCAGCAGCAAAGAGGAGGGACACGUAAGCAUAAGGACUGGAGACUUUAUUGAGGUUAUUGGUGCUACCGAUGACGGUUUUCUCGAAGGGAUCGUAAAAAAUGGCGGGAACGCUACAGGGUUGUUUCCGGCGCACUGCGUACAGGAAAUUAGGUUAAGAAACCCCAAUAUUCAAACUCCCAUGAUGGUAGCAAGGGAUACGAGAGUGUUGCCUAAUAGUUGUAACAGAGUGGCUGGUAGGAGGGAGUCCACCGGGGGGCAGAAACAGUUUUCUACACAACCUAGAACUAAAAAAUACGCAGGAUUACCAGGUGAACCUCGAACUGUAGUUUUGCACAGGGGUCGUAAAGGGUUCGGUUUCAUACUUCGUGGGGCCAAAGCUACAUCUCCUUUAAUGGAGCUAACGCCCUCGGAAAAAUGCCCUGCCCUUCAAUAUCUCGACGAUGUAGAUCCUGGAGGAGUAGCGGACAUAAACGGCUUAAAAAAAGGCGAUUUCCUCAUCGCCAUUAACGAUGAGGAUGUUUCCAGUGCUUCGCACGAACACGUCGUCGAUUUGAUAAGAAAAUCUGGGGCUUUAGUGAAGAUGACGGUCUUAUCUCUAGAGGUAAACGUUUGUAGCAGUAUACCAAUGAGCAAAUCCACCAUACUGCCCGGAAAUGCCGAUAUACCUCUGAGCCGACAGUACGCCACGUUACCCAGAAAAAUUGGUGCCUUGACCAGGAACACCCAAGCGCCCAUGCCGCCUAGACGCGACCCCAAAACCACGCUGAGCGUCGGACGCGCUAGAGCCAAAUCUAUGGUCGCAGGUUUGGGCUGCGAGCAAGAGGAUGAAAACGAUAUAAUGAAAUCGUCGUCCGCCGAAUCAAUACACCAAUCGACCCCCACAGGUACUGGAAAUUCUACUCCGGUAGCCCUGAGGACCGCCUCCAUAAGGCAGCGGCCCAUUUCCGGCAGGAUCACUUCGCAGGAGCUCGAGGAGAUUUUCCAGCAGCAGAGGGAGCUAGAUAAUAUGAAGCAGAGCAGUUUGAUGAGCAGUAGCAGGUUUCAGGAUGGCACUCAGACUUUGAGUCAUCCUGGGUCGCCUGCUAAGCCUAGGGUUUAUGCUAGUGUGGCUGAUAUGAAGAGAAGCAAGAGUAAGAAAUCCAAGCACUUUUCCUCCCUCUUCGGCGGCCGCCAACUGCGCCGCGACUUCCACAGCACGCCCGAUCUUGCGCAAGAAGAACAAAUCCGCGUUCCAGCCCCAACACACAACAAAUAUUACAGAUCCAUAGAAGACAUCGCCGUACAGUUGGGCAAUGGCAACAACAGGAAUUUACCGCCCCCCAAUCACCCGCCUCCUCCGCCCCCGCAGCAGAUUCAAGUGAUCAAAGUGUCGAGGAAUUCCAGCUCAGAUUAUGAUCACUUGAAUUUCGAGUCUAUGGAUGGUAAAGGUGUGGUGUCUUCUUUCAGGCCUAGCGCUAACGCUAAGCUCUACGCUUCCCCUGAUGAUAUAAAAAAUGUUGUUUACAGAUCAAAGAAUCAUGCGAACCAGCAAGCAAAUGCAAAAGCUUUAGUGAGAAAAACUCAAAGUAUGAGGUCGGCUAGCAAUUUCAAACCUACCAAUAAUUCGACACCUCAGCCUAAAAAUACCACAUAUGCUCAACCAUUUAGGCCCACCAGAUCAAAUUCCUCAGCUGGUGUCAGAGAUAGAAGGAAAAAGAUACCUUGCAGCAAAUCAGCUUCAAACGUAGCUGAACUAAGCAAAUCUUCAACCCCCACCAUCCCAGAACCUGACUACAGCUGCAGCGAAUCAGAAAACGACAGCGAUAAAGACAUACACAGCCUAGCCACAAGAUUAUCGAGCGUGCAGCUACUUCCGGUGGAGAAUAGCGGAAACAGCAAUACCAGUGGUAGCAGUUCCGGAAGCAGCUCAGUACCGCCUAGCUUCAGCGUGGAUGAAAUACAAAAAGGCAGAUCCCGCCUUAGGUCCUCAAAAUCUUACCCGGACGAUUUCCUCAAAAAACAAAAAGAAUCCGGGGCCAUUUUGGAGGACGGCGAUAACAGCUCUUCCGGCGUCAGUUCCGACCAGGAAAUAACCGGAAGUAUCAAUAGCGAAUACUCUGAAAGAAUACACAAUACGAUACAAGAACAUUCAAUGAAAAACCAGCGACAGCAAGUUGGUUUGCUUUCGCGCCAAGCGGUAUCCUUGGCGCAGCUGCCGCCGCCCCUGGAAAACGACACCGACGAAAAUUCUGAAUUUUGUCUGCCGCCUCCGCCCGAAUUCGGGGGCGGUAAUUCGUCGCGGGCGGAAUCCGCCGCCCCAGCCGCCCCAGAGGCGGUUCUGGCGCCGCCGCCGCAAUUCUGCGACAGCCGCCAGGUGGCGCGCGUGCGGAUUAUCGGUGCGGUGCCAAAAGAUGGCGGCGUAAGCGCGCCCGCCCCUAAAUUAAAACAAGGUAGACUACACAGUCAGUGA